ACAAAUGCUGUAAUUAAACGUUCCUAGGCCUUUAGAACAACUAGUGACGCUACCUGGUUUUGUACUUCAGACUUUUGACAGUGCUGUCAGAGAGGCCAAAAUCCAAAAUAUUAUCUGUGACUUUACAACAGUUGGGCGAUCGGUCUAUCACUUAUGUCUUGAGGCAAUACACCACCUUUAUAAAGACCGCAUUUAUCCAAGAACAAUGGCAGAAAGCGGUGACAGCAGAAGCGUUCAAAGUGAAAGUAAGCCAAAAAUUGAGAGUGAUGGUGACAAUGACAGACAUGAUCAACACUCCUCCCUCGUUAAAGAAAUGACUCAAAAGACUACAGAUUCAGACAGCGAGGAGGAUGGAGAUAACCUUCAAUCUAACAAAAACAGUAAUGCAAAAGUGGACAAAGAGAAUGACAUUGAAAAUAAGCAGAGGCCGGAAGGGGUGACUGAAGAGCUUACAAACAGGUCCCUAGUCACUGAGCAGCAAGAGGACACCAUUCACUCCAACACAAGGACUAUAACUAAGGAGAAUAUACAGAUGGACAAUGAACCCAUAAUAGAGAGAACAGAAGGGAAAACUGAAGACAUUAUAGACACGUCUACAGACAUUCAAGAGCAGGACGACAGCAGUCAAUUCGACCAAAACGCUACAACUGAAAAGGACAUUAAGAUGGACAAUGAACCCAGGGAGAGAACAGAAGAUGUAGUGACACCAAAGACAGCGGCUGGUGAAUCUGAUCAGAAAGAAGAUGGGAUGACUAAAAAGGAUAUAGACACAUCUAAAGACUCUCAGCAGCAGGAGGAUAGCAGUCGAUCCAACACAAGCACUAGGGCUAUGGAGGACAUACAUAUGUGCAGUGAACCCAAGGAGAUAACAAAAGAGACAACUGAAAAGGUUACAGACAUGUCUACAGACACCCAGGAACAGGACGAUAGCAGUAAAUCCAAAACAAGCACUAUAACUGAAAAGGAAAAUGAACCCAGGAAAAGAACAGAAGAGAGACCUGAAGAGGAUAUAUACAGGUCUACAGACACUCAGGAGGAAGAGGAGGAGGAUAGCAGUCAAUCCAACACAAGCGCUAUGGACGACAAACAGAUGGAUAAUGAACCCAUGGAGAGAACAGAAGUGACACCAAAGACAGCAGCUGGUCCAUUUGGUAGGCAAGAAGAGGACACAUCUCCAGACAUUAAGCAGCACGAAGAGAGCAGUCAAGAGGACAUGGAAGACAAUGAAUCCAUAAAGAGAAAAGAAGAUAUUCGGUGGUGGAUCCUUGCAGGAGUAGCAAUCAUUUUGGCUAUUGGAUGUGCUGCUUUGUAUAAUCCUGAAUCAACUUCACCUGUGCAAAAAGAGAAUGAUGAGGUGGAAAUGUUCACUGAAAAACUGAAUAAAGUUGAGUCUAGCUUUCCAAAUCAGCGCCCAGAGCUCUGGAGGAGAAGUCGUCUUCAUAUCAGCCGCCACUUAAAGACAGCCAGCCCCACUGAACCAGUCAGCCUGAUUCUGACAUCUGGUCAUGGUGCCGAAAGGACCCUUGGCUGUCUAGCUAAAUGCUUGGCUGAAGCCUUUUCCACUGCGCGUAAUUCCUCAGUCCUAAACAUUUAUGGAAAAAGCAAAUCAUUACAAGACAGUGAUCAAGUCAAGCUAGACAUUGAUAAUGAUCUCAGAAAAGCCUUUGAUGGUGAGAAGCUUGCUGCAGUUAUCCAUCGGUUUGAGGAGCUCCCACCUGGAUCUACUCUCAUCUUCUACCGUUAUUGUGACCAUGAAAAUGCGGCUUAUAAAAAUGUCUUGCUGGUGUUUACGGUUAUGCUGGAUGCAGAAUUGGAAAUCACGGACAAUAUCUCUCUAGGCAGGGUUGAGGACAUGGUACAUGAUCAAUUAAUACGGAAGUUUGUCUCCUCUGACAAGUCGGCUUUGUUUAAUCAAAUGGAUGUGGAUAAACUAAGUGGACUGUGGAGCAGAAUUUCUCACCUUAUCUUGCCAGUGGCUGCAGAAGAGGAAAGUAUACAGCAGGGCUGUGGGCUUGAAUCAUUUUGAAAAUAGUUAUUGGACACUUUGGCUGUUUGCACAAAUUAGUAUUGAACUGUUAUUUCCCUGCUUUGCCUCCUAAAUGGACUUGUAAAAUUGAUGGACGUCAGAAAGAAGUUUUUUUCAUUCAGAAUAUUUGUAUGUAAAUUAUGUAUUAAUUGUCUAUUAAAGUUGUUCUUAAUCUUUUUAUUUGUUUGACCAAGGAAUAUAUUUUGUAUAAUUCUGGUGGUUUUUCAUAAUAAGGGCUUUAAUAGACACUAAUCGUGCCUUAAUAAAUACAUAUUUUAACUCAGUUA